UCUUUCCAUUUCUGUGAUUAUUUUGGGUGGUAAUAUCCAUAGAUUUUCACCAUUACUUUGGUGAAAUUCUCCAGAAUUGCCUGAAACACCAUGCCCAGUUAGCAGGGUUUCUGGGAAAGGGUUACAUGAGUCCUGCUGACUCACAGAGGCAGGUGACUCAUUGCUCCAUCUAGGAGAUGGGUGUGGGUCAGUGGGGAGAGAGGAUCUAGGGUGCGAGCUGAGCAGUUUUGAUUGAGGGAAGAACUCUAGGAGCAUCCCAGUCUGGGGAGAAGGUUGUAUUGUUGUUAAUUUCCGUGUUCAUAAAACCAAACCUUGGGAAGGAGGUGGGUUUGGACUAUGAGAGCAGGUUGGGAACAGCUCCUGUUCCCAAAGUGACUUCUCAAACUGGUGAAAGACCCUUAUUUUGGGAUUCCCUGUGGUUUUUAGUGUCUUUGUUAUUUUGGGACGGAUGUCAGCAACAUGAACUCCAUGCUAGGUAGGUUUUUGUGGUGGUCUACAAUAUACACACAAGCAGCCAGUGGCACAGACAAAUGCCCAUAGCGUAUGAACGCAGGCACAGAGUAUGAACUCCAAGACACACAACACAUGAGGUAUGAACAGAGGCAGCCACAUGCAGACAGAUGCACACGUGUUAUAAACUCAGGCAGACAAAUACACAAGCAUAUGGCAACAGUGCAUAGCAGGCAUAAGGGAACUGGAGAGACAUCCACCAGGGACUCAAACACAUAGGAACACAGAUCCAUGCACAAAAAUAUACAGGUGCACACAGUACGUAACGGGAAACAUGCCUCUGCAAAGGCAGCCACAAUACCCUACACACCUAGACAUGUACACAUAGCCAAGCACAUGUGGUAUGCACACCCACAGCCAUGCGCACAUGACAGGCACACGUUGCCACGCAAAGACAUGUACACACAGUAUGCACACACAAACCUGUACACACAGACAUGCACAUGUGGCAUGCACACACAGCCACCCAUGUGUGGUAUGGUGGGCACACGCAGGCAUGCACAAACAGCUAUGCACACACAGUAUGACACUGUGCAUGGAGCAAUUUACAUUCACAAAGAGUGAAAAAUGUCAAGAGCAUUAGCUGCCUCCCCCUCCCCCCGACAUCCUGAGUGUGUCUGCAGUAACACAAUGAGCCCCGGAGGAGCUGUGAGUGGAAUCACUGAAGGAAACUGCUAGCUGUGCUUCCUCUCUUCAGCCCAGCCCUGUCCUCUGAACCCUGCACACAGCGGCUGGAGCCAUGGGCAUGUCUGCAGAGCAGCAGGAGAACUCCAGCAGUCUCAGAGAUGAGGAAUGGCCAGAAGUGGAGAAGGCGGAGAAGUUAGCAAGAGGAGCUGCUUUGAAAUGGGCCUCGGCGGUGUUUUACCACCCGGACAAGCUGGAGGGUCUGGGACACUACCGGAGCCGGGAGGCCCAGCGGAACAGCUCGAUCCAAUCCCGGCUAAAGUCGACCGUGCAGUCCCACCUGGAGGGGGUGAGCUCAGGGCUGGAGCAGCUGCGCUCGGCGGCUGGGGACAUGCAGAGCGUGCGCCGGGACCUUUGCGCUGUGCGAUGGCACCUGCUGGGCAGUGCCGAGGGCUUCCAGAGGCUGGCGCCGCUGCGGGCUGUGGUGACGGAGCACGCACAGAUGGCUGCUGUCGUGCGGGCGCUGCCCCAGCUCUCCUCAGUACAUGAGCUCCUUGCCCAGUCCCUCCAUCUCCUCCACGGCCAGCAGCUCCUGGAGGCCCACGCCGGGCUCAUGGCGCUGGAGCGCCUGCGGGACGACAUCUCCUCCCAGCUGCACUGCAGCAGCAGCCUCCCGAAUGACCAGGCCCUGGGCGUGGUGGAGUCCUUCUUCGGGGGCCUGCAGGAGCUGAGCGACGCACUGGCCCAGCAGUUGUGGCGCGUCGUGGGCGGCAGUGUGAGGCUGGUGCAGGAGGACCCAGCCCUCUUCGUCUCUGCCGUGCGGAUCAUCGAGAGAGAAGAGAGCGUCGAUGAUGCCCUACUGCUGGGACCCCGUGCCCACCGCGUCCCUGCCCCCGGGCGCCCCAAAGCUUGGAGGCAGCGGUUCUACCAGGUCAUGCAGGAGACCAUCGCUGCUGCCCACUUCAAGGCCGCUCAUGGGGACGUGAAGGGCCCGGGACUGGGCCGGCACCUGGCUGCGCUGCAGAGCGACAUCCUGGCGGAGCUGCGUGUGGUGAAAGACCUGAUGGUGCAAUGCUGCCCACCUCACUACGACAUCCUCAGCAUCUGCACCCGCAUGUACCACCAGGGCCUCUCCGACCACCUGCAGGACAUCCUCAGCAGGGACCUGGACAAACAAGAGAUCUUCAUGCUCCUCAGCUGGGUUCUGCAUGUGUACUACAGCCCAGAAAUGAUGGGUCACCCAGACCUUCUCCCCGAGGUGGACGUGUCUACUCUGGACCCCCUGGUGUCCCCAGAGGUGGUGGAGCAGAUGGAGAGGAAAUAUGUGGUGAAAGUCAAGGCCAGCGUGACUGAGUGGAUGCGGCGCACGCUGGAGGUGGAGUUCAAGGAGUGGUUCAGAGAGGAGGAACCAGAAAUGGAUCAUCUGGGCUUCUUCCAGUCGGCCCUGCCUGUCAUUGUCAUGCAGAUGCUGGAUGAGAACAUCCGGGUGGCGUCCCUGGUCACGGGCUCUCUGCAGCAGAAGAUUUACGCUAUGGCUAUGGACGAGCUGGAGGCCUUUCUGAUCAGGCUGCGAGAGGCCCUGGGGGAGUGCAGGAAGGAGCACCAGAAGGACCGAGCCACACCCAAGCAUUACAUCUCCUACCUGCUGGCCGUGCUCAACAACAGCAUGGCGCUGAGCUCUUCCAUCUCCACUUUGCACCCCGGCAGUGCAUCUCUUGCCAAGCCUGCUGAAAUCCCCUCUUCCCUGAAGACUGCGCUGGACCGAACCCAGAAGAAGGCCUGCUGGCUGCUCCUGGAGGAGCUGCUGCUGGAUUUGCAGCCCCUGUCCGUGCAGCUGCCAUCCCGCAAAUGGCUGACUGGGGCCCAGCUGGUGAACAGCAUGUGUGAGGUGAUCGACAAGUACAUGAGAGACUUCUCCCAUGUCAGGAAACCCAUCUUCACGUUCCUGCUGGCCGAGAGCGAGCACCUGGUCAUGAAUCACUACGUGCGGGCGCUCAUGGAGAAGAAGAUGGUGUGCCGGAGUGCUGAGGAGCGGAGCCAGCUCUCCACCCGACUGCUCCAGGACGCCGUCCAGCUGAGGGAGCUUUUCCACAACCUGGGCCUGGCUGAGAGCGAGCAGACCCUUGAGGUGAUAUUCGCCCUCCAGGAGCUCAUCCGCCUCCAAGACCCGGCCUUGCUCAGCCUGGAGGUCCUGGGAUUUAUGACGAAAUACCCCGAUAUCAGCGAUGAGCACGUCUCUAUCCUGCUGGAUCUGCGGGGCGAUGUCUCCAAGGAGGUCCGGAACGUGGUGCUGGAAAUGAUGGCGCAGAAUCCUCAGUCCCUGCCCGAAAACUACCAGCCCAUCUUCAGCAACAUCCUGGUCCCGGCUCCGGAGCUUCCCUUCUGCCUUCGCAAGGGCAAGUGUGCCUGAGACUGUCUGCAGUCUGCCCUGGCCAGCAGUGUCUCCGAAUGACGGACCUGAGAGGCCCUGGGCAGGACUGGGCAGAGGCCCCGUCUGGGCUCCGGAGAGGGGCAGGGAAAGCCUGAGCAUCAGUCCUGCUAUGCAGGGAGGAGACGGGAGGCUUCCGCAUCCAGUUCCCACUGGCUGACACCUUGGCACCUGCUUUGCUGUCCCAGGGAGCCCUCAGCUCCCUGAGCCCCCUGCCACCUAACCCUGGAUGGGUUAAACCACCAGAUUCAGGUCUCUGGGCCUCUGCUCUGUGCUGCUUCCCAGCUGCCCCCUCUGCUCAGCCCUCCCAGCGUAUGUGCAGCCCAGAGCCUGCAGAGGGGACAGGCCAACCAAGGCAGGCAAGUGUGGUAGCAUCACAUGGUGGGAUCACUCCAGUGAUCGGCCAGGAGCAGAAAGGGAAUUUCCCCAGGAUUCCUUCCCCAGGUCCAGCCGCAAGCACCUCCUCCCUUCCCUUCCCCUCCCCACUUCCAUGCUCAGGGCAAUCUGUUACCAAGCGGUGCCAGAGGCCAGCUAAGAGCACGGCCUGAAAGGGUCUGACUGGGCUGGGCAGAAUUCAGUUAUCGGUUCAUCAUUUUGAUGGAUAACAGUGAUGUUUAAGCAUUUUUUUAUUUUGAUCUAUUUAAAUGUUCACAGCUGCAGAAAAUGAGGGAGGAGUCAGACAAUGGAGGGUCAGAUAAUGGAGGCAUCAGACAAUAAUUAUUUAGUGACAGAGGACGUUGAGAUUCCCCAAAUUAAAGUUUUAAUGCAGUUAUAACAUGAACUGUCAACAUCCCAUGUCAGAAUAUACACAGUAAAGACCCUUUGAUCAAACUCAAAGAAGAACUUCAA